ACAGGAAUCAGAAUUUAUUAAUAAUCUUUAAAUUUCAACAUAACUAAAACUAUUCCAUAAUAAAUUUUAUAUAGAAACGUGUCAAAAUGGUCCCCACUGAUGAUUCCUUUAUAAGUGAUGAUGAAGAAGAAUAUUGUCCAUUAUGUGUAGAAGAAAUGGAUAUUUCUGAUAAAAAUUUUAAACCAUGUCCGUGUGGAUAUCAAAUUUGUCAAUUUUGUUAUAAUAAUAUUAAACAAAAUCCAGAAUUAAAUGGUAGAUGUCCUGGUUGUAGAAGAUUAUAUGAUGAUGAAAGUGUAGAAUAUAAAUCUAUUAGUGCAGAAGAAUAUAAGAUUCAACAAAUGAAACGGGAGAAGCGUGAUCGUGAAAAGAAACAACGAGAAAAGGAAAAGAAAGAAACUGAAAUGGCAAAUAAGAAACAUUUAGCUGGUUUAAGAGUUGUUCAAAAAAAUCUUGUUUAUGUAACUGGUUUAAAUCCUCCAUGUCCUCCUGAAGAUUUACAUUCAGUAUUAAGAUCAGAAAAAUAUUUUGGUCAAUAUGGGAAAAUUUCUAAAAUUGUUAUUAAUAAGAAAAGUCCAACUCCACUGACUCCUCAUCAUCAUCAAAGUCCUGGAAUUGUUGUAUAUGUAACAUUUGCAAGAAAGGAAGAUGCUUUAAAAUGUAUAAAUGAAUUAGAUGGUUCAUUAUGUGAUGGAAGAAUAUUAAGAGCUGCUCAUGGUACAACUAAAUAUUGUUCAUCAUAUUUAAGAGGUCAUCCAUGUCCAAAUCCAAAUUGUAUGUUCUUACAUGAACCGGGUGAAGAAGCAGAUUCUUAUACUAGAAAAGAUUUAUCUACUCAACAAGGUAUUAAAUUAAGUAUGAUGGGAAUGAAUGCAAAUUCAAGAGUUGGUAGUAGUUCAAAUAUUUCUGGUUCUCAUCCUCAUAUGGGUCCAUUUAGUGGUGAUGAAGAUGUAACUUCUCAAUCUGAAGAAGAACAAGAUCAUACUGAAACUUCAGCAAAUCCAUUACCUGCUACAGCACAAUGGGCAAAAGCUGGUAGUAAUUCAGCCAGUAAUUCACCAUCUGUAAAUAAUAAUAUUCCUUUGGCCCAUUCAGCAGCAUUCCCAACAUUAGGAGAAAUUUUCCGUGAUCAAAAGCAACAACAACAACAACUGGUCCUGCAACGUAAAGAAUCAGGAAAACAUUCUAAAUCUAAAAUUGGUAGACAAAUUAAAGAAAUUAUUCCUGAUGAUAUUGAUAUUGAUGAUAAUUCUACUUCUAACUUUGCCGAAGAAACUGUUCAAAUCUUAAAGGAUCUUGAAAGUAGUAAUGCAAAAUUAGAAGUCAAUUUCAAGAAAUUUUCUCAUGGUGAAGGUAAAGUAUUACCACUUUUUGCAUUUGUUAACAAAGAAAGUCUUUCUAAUAGUCAAAUUGAAGAUAAGAAAGCUCUCACACGAGAAAUUGUUGAAAGAUUCAUGUUAAGACCUAUAAAGAAUUAUCAUUUAGCAUAUGCCAAUCAUCCUAUCAUGCAACAAGCCAUAUUACAACAACAGCAACAGCAACAACGUCAACUUCAACAACAGCCACAACCACAACCUCAACAAGUACAACCUCAACAACUCCCACAAGGUCAAGAAACUCCUAACUUACCAUCUACUCAGUUGCAACAAUUACAAUUAGAAUAUACCAAGAAACUAUCUGAAUCACAACAUCAAGCACAGGGUAAUACCAAUCCACAACAACAGCAUGUUCAACAGCAAUUGUUGUUACUCCAAUUACAACAGCAACAGCAGCAACAGCAACUUCAAUCGGUUGCAGGUGCUCAAGCUAAUGCUAUCCGUGCUAAUGAACGUGCCAAUACUUCUACUCCACCACCUCCAGGUUUGUUUAAUCCAUCAACCACAAAACAAGCCCCAUUCCCUCAAGGUGCUGGACAAUUACAAAAUCCAAUCCCUGGUAGUGCUAAUUUUGAAACUAUUCCUGUAGUUGGUAAUCAGUCUUCUAGUUCCCAAUUAUUAACACAAUUAAUGGGUGGUAAAAGGUAAUUUGGUUGAAUGAUAUUGUAAUUUAUAUAAUUUGUGUAUGUUUGUUAAUUGUUUUGUUUAGGUAAUGAAUAUUUCUUCUAUUAAAUAACUAUUCUACUUAUUUACUGGUUACUGGUUACUGGUUACUGGUUACUAGUUACUAGUUACUAGUUACUAGUUA